AUGAUCUUUGAGGAGACUUUUGAACAAAAUGUGCAACGUUGGAAGAAAGCUUUCAUUGAUGCCGUUGCGAUAUCACCACUCCUGCUCAUUCUGUACCCAGGUUCCGGAGAACAUAUCUCCAUCUCGCUUACUUUACAGGUCGGAGGACGACUUGCAUCUUACGGAAAACCGGAACUCCUCCAACCACCCGCUGUAGAGUCAGCACUGGUAUAUCGCCUGGAUUUCGAUUUGGCCAUCAACAAUCCUGUUCGCACUCUUGAACGUUUUCGUGACCACAACAUACUAGUGGUUGGUGCAACGACAUCUCAGAUCACUUGGACGCUGUCAUCACUUUCUAAGAUCGGAAAUCCUGAUGCAAAUCGAGAUUUUCAAGACCACCAAGGACAGGGCCAUGACAUGCGUCUGUCUUUACGUGAACUGCAUGAAGAAAGCCAGGAAAAUGAAGGUCUUAUUUUGAGUGUGCUUCGUCUGCCCUGCCGCACCCAGGAUUUGCAUCCCUUACAACUAAUUUUUUCCAGUGACAUGGGAGUUUUCAAACAGAUGUCUGUUAACACAGAGCGCAUCUUUCAGACAGAGGGGUAUCCUGCAUCCGCCACCCACUUCUGGUAUGUGGCAACGAAAAGUGCUAUUGACCGCAUCAAGCCCUAUUGUCUUGGGGUUUGUACAGUUAUCCAAGUUCAUUGUGGCCGCCAGCUUUGGUACCUCUUUCAAUGUCGCGUUAAAAAGCGUGACAAGUUGAUACAUGCAUACCAUGACUGGGAUUCUGACUUCGUUAAUGACCCAAAGCAAUGGAAAGCAGAAGUUGUUGUCCUCGAGCCUGGUAAUGUCCUUUUCAUUCAACCAGGCACUCUUCAUGCAGUAGUGACACUCGAAAAUUCCAUUGUCAGAGGACAACAUUUUUACACUACUACAACUUUGUCAAAAACCGUUUCGGGUUGGGUUGAUACUUAUAUACAUGGGGUCGAAAUCGAGAGAGUUCUGUACUUCCAACUGAGGGAUCUCCUCUUUCGACUGAUUUUGUACCUUGAAGAUGGGCUGAACACUGAUAGCAUAGAAAAUGAUUCGUCCAAAUUCAAGGUCAAUACAGCUGAAGGGCUUCUCGACAUAGUUGCACUCGGCAACUUGCUCCUCUCCCUUCCUGCCUUAGACAUUGUCGCUAUUUUCGAUGCUCAUAAACCAGAUGCAUAUGGGCCACUCAGUGAGGGGAGACAGGCAUAUUUUGACAUAAUAUAUCGUCUUCAGGAGCAGUACUCUCUGAUUCUCUUUCCCGACACACCACUUGCCCAUGAUGCAUUCACCAAACCUUUGGAUUCUCUGGUCUCACUUCACAUUGCUGAUUUUGCAAAGACUUCUGCCAUUCAUUUUGCAUGGUCUUUGAUACUAUCUACAAGGAAAGCACAGGGUUGGCGGAAGGUGUACUUGAAAGCCUUCAAACAUGUGGAGAAUGAAGAAAGUAUUCCCACCGACGAGGAGACGAGUGCUGCGUUCAUGACCAACCAUAAUCGUCAAAACAAGUGA